CCUGCAAGUUUCAACCUCAACCCCAAUAUGUUUUCGCUACUACUAUUGCUGGCCUCGCUAUUGACUUUGGCGUGGUUCUACCUUAAGCACCACUAUGAUUUCUGGCAACGUCGCGGGCUUCCAGUCUACGAGCCGUCCGGGAUUCCAUUCGGUUGCUUGGACUCUGUGUGGCGGCAGGAGAGGAGCAUGGGCUUGGCCAUUCACGACGUGUACUUGAGAACAAAGGAAAAGGUUGUGGGCAUUUACCUGCUCUUCCGUCGGGGAGUGCUGAUCCGGGAUGCUGCUCUAGCACGCCGGGUGCUGACCCAAGAUUUUGCCAGCUUCCACGAUCGCGGAGUGUAUGUGGAUGAAAAGAAUGACCCCCUGAGUGCCAGUAUAUUCUCCCUGCAAGGCCAGAGCUGGCGCUCCAUGAGACAUAUGUUGUCGCCGUGCUUUACAUCUGGAAAAUUAAAGGCAAUGUAUAGCACUUCUGAAGACAUUGGCGACAAGAUGGUCACCCACCUUCAAAAGGUUCUACCAGAGGAGGGAUCGCAGGAGGUGGACCUCAAAAAAGUUAUGCAAAAGUAUGCUGUGGAUAUCAUUGCCUCAACCAUUUUCGGAUUGGAUGUUAACAGCUUCGAGCAUCCGGACAACAAAUUCAACAAUUUGGUAUCAUUGGCUCGAACCAACAACCGGUUCACGGCACUUUUUGGCAUGAUGAUAUUCCUGGUUCCGUCUAUUGCGCAAUUGCUGUUUAAAGUCGGCUUCAAAAACCCAGUCGGUCUCGCCAUGCUGGAAAUCGUCAAGGAAACCAUUGAGCACAGGGAGAAACACGGAAUUGUUCGCAAGGAUCUGCUGCAGUUGCUCAUGAAUUUCAGGAACACUGGAAAAAUAGAGGAGAAUGACGAAAAAUGUUUCAGUAUACAGAAAUCGCCCGAAGGUCAUAUCAAGGCCAUUUCAUUAGAGGCUAUUACCGCCCAGGCCUUUAUAUUUUACAUUGCUGGCCAGGAGACAACUGGAUCAACAGCGUCCUUCACCAUUUACGAGUUGGCUCAGUACCCUGAGCACCUGAAACGUCUUCAGGCGGAAGUGGACGAGACUUUGGCCAAGAACGAUGGAAAGAUUACAUAUGAUGCACUCCAAAAAAUGGAGUUUCUUGAGUUGUGCCUUCAGGAGACCCUCCGCAAGUACCCUGGUCUUCCUAUGUUGAACCGCGAAUGCACUCAGGACUACACUGUGCCCGAUACAAAUCACGUCAUCCCGAAAGGUACUCCGGUUGUUAUUUCUUUGUAUGGACUUCACCGGGAUGAAGAGUUUUUCCCCAACCCGGACACCUACGAUCCCUAUCGGUUCACGGAGGAGAGCCACAAUUACAGUCCCACCGCAUUUAUGCCUUUCGGGGAGGGUCCUAGAAUAUGCAUUGCCCAGCGAAUGGGACGCAUGAAUUCCAAGCUGGCCAUCGUCAAGAUCCUGCAGAACUUCAACGUCGAAGUGAUGAGCAAGCGCGAGCUGGAAUACGAAACCCAUGGAAUAGCCCUGAUGCCCAAACAUGGAGUCAAAGUGCGUUUGUCAAAAAGAGUUCCGAAUUUGGCAUAAAUUAUAAAGACAUUAGGCCAUUCCGCGCUCUCUCCAUGAAAAAAAAAUAGUAAAAACCCAAAAAAACUAAUAUAACUAAUAUAAUAAAGAAAUAACAAAUGCUUGUAGCCUGUA